AUGUCGCUGUUCGGCAGCAGAGAGUGGUGGGCGGCGCGGCUGGGGGAUAGCGAGGAGUUUGACCAGCGCUCCCUGUGCGUCGCCAACAUCGACAACGACCCAUCUGGCGCGGCCAAGAUCGUGACGGCCAGCCUGCAGGGCGUGCUGCGGGUCCACCUGCCCCACGGCCGAGACUUCCGGGUGGAGGACUGCCUGUUGGAAUCGCAGCUGGAAUCAGGCAUCCUGCAAAUCGAGGCCGGCCGCUUUGCAGGGGGGCAGGCUGGCCUGUGCCUAGCGGUCCUGUUCCCCCGCAAGCUGGCUGUCCUCAGGUUUGAGGCAUCAGGUUCCAGCUUCCUGCAGGUCACGCGGCUGUUUGAGCACCAACUGGAACACACCGCCGCCAACAUGGCAGUGGGGGCAUUUGGCAGUGGCAAAUCUGGCCUGGAUGCCAUCUGCGUCCAGUCGUACGACGGCCAGCUGUCGUUUUUCGAGGCGGAGGUGGCGGCGUUCAGCCGCUUCUUGCCAAACUUCCUGAUCCCCGGGCCCCUCUGCUACUGCCCUGCAACAGACAGCUUUGUGACUUGCAACGCGGCACUGGAGCUUGAGAGUUACCGAUACAGCGUGCUGGCCGCAGCCGCAGCCGGCAGGGAGCCCGGUGCCUCCAAGCGCGUGUACGCGGACUGGCGCCUGGUGCUUGGCGAGACUGCCGUGGACAUCUGCCUGGCGCGCGUGCCUUUCAACGAGAACGCGUCAGCUGCGGCCAGCGCCACGUCAGCGGGCGCUGCGGGCCGCGGGGACGCCCUAGGCGCCUUCGCGUCGUCCUCGUCAGCAGCGGCGAGGCAGGAGUUGCUGGUUGUCUGCGAGCACAGCCUGUUUGUGGUGUCGUCCCUGGGCGGGCAGCUGCUGCUGCAGCGCCGUCUGGAGUAUCACCCGGCGUGCUGCUGGCCCUACCCAGCGCCGCCCGAUCCGGCCGGCUCGAGCGGUGCCGGCGGCGCGGCAGACAGCCUGCUGGUCUCGACGCACACGCGGGCGCUGCUGGUGUACCAAGGGUCUGCACUGGCAUGGGCGGCGCGGCUGGACCUGCAGCCCGUAGCGCUGAGGGUGGCCGAGCUGGGGGGUGUGAAGGGCCUCAUCGUCGCGCUGGACGAUGCAGGCCGCCUUGCUGCACUGUACCUGGGCACGGACCCGCCCAGCGCCGCCGUCGCAGCCGCGGGGGACGCGCGGCCGCUGGACUAUGCUGGGAUGGACGCGGAGCACAGGAGCCUCCUUGCGGCGAUACGCGCGGCCGGGGGCGCGGGCGGCGCGGCGCUGGCGGAGGGAGCCGCAGCAGCUGCUGCGGCGGCCGCCGCGGCGGGGCGGGUCAUGAUCAAGGCGCAGGUGCCGAGCCGGCUCGAUGACCUGGAUGCCGGGAGCAGCGGGUUUGCCGGGCUGGGCGGGGGCGCAGGCGGGGGCGCGCGGCAGGUGACGGUGCGGCUGCUGCUCUCACACUCUGGCGCGGGGCCGCUGAAGGACGUCCACCUCAGCGUUGCCGCGCCGGCCCCCACGUCAGCCUCGGACGUGUCAAUCGAUCUCUCCGAGGUUCCAGGGGCCGCAUCCAAAAGUGCCCCCACGGCACCAGCGCCGGCGGCCGUCCACCUAACCUUCUUCGCCGGCGGCGAGGGCCGUGGUGCUGUCCCGGCCUCCAACAUGGCACGGGUGGUCGCCACUUGGAAGCAGCCGGGCAGCGGGGAGCAGUGCAGCAGCAGCCUCGAGUUUGCCCUGCCCCUGGCGCUCUUCUGCUUGGCGGUGCCGCCUGUCAAGGCCGCGGAGUGCAAGCUGACUCUGGACACCAACAGGGACCCGCCCCACAUGCAGCUCAUCUUCCACGAUCUCAUUGCACAGGCGCGCCAGAUCUAA